GAAGCAAUGCUUUAAAUAGCACCUUCUGAGUGCCUGUAUGCUAUUUUUGAAUGUUAAAUUAGCUUAGGUGACACUAAAAUUCCCUUCCAACGUCGCUAAAAUGCGUGUCGUUCGAAGAUCGUUGACGUGUAUUCAUUGAUUGCAACUAUACUGCGCAACAAAAUGGCUGUCAGGAUAUGUCUGUUUCUGCAGUGUUGUGAUUUUUGGCUCCCGUACAAACGUCUGUACGUCUCGUUCUUAACUUAAACUACUUUCAGGUUUUACUCUUCUGAAAAUGUCCACUUCGAUGUAAUGCGUGAUCAAAAUAAUGCCAUGUUUACUACGAUAAUGUGUAAACGAUCGAUGAUUCGAUUAUAAAAUCAAUACAUUUGCUAUGGGAAGAUGUUCGAGAUAGCACAUUAAAUGCUCAUAGUUCAGUAUUAAUUACAAUAAUCAAAAUGCUAGUGAAGGAAUAUCGCAUUCCGCUACCAUUAUCAGUGAAGGAGUAUCAAGUAGCUCAACUUUAUAUGAUUGCCAAAAAGAGCCGCGAAGAAACCAAAGGAGCUGAAAGUGGUGUUGAAAUUAUGGUCAAUGAGCCAUACACUGAUGGUCCAGGGGGAAGCGGCCAAUACACACGCAAAGUUUAUCAUAUUGGAAGUCAUUUGCCUGGUUGGCUAAAGACACUUUUGCCAAAAUCAGUACUUAUGGUAGAAGAAGAAGCAUGGAAUGCUUAUCCCUAUACAAAAACUAGAUACACUUGUCCAUUUGUAGAAAAAUUCUUUUUAGAAAUUGAAACUAAGUAUAUCAAUGAUGGAGGAGAAAUUGAGAAUGUCUUCCAGUUAUCUAAUAAUGAAUUAAAACAAAGGACUGUAGAUGUUAUCGAUAUUGUAAGAGAUCCUUUGGUUGGAAGCGAUUACAGAAGUGAAGAAGAUCCUACACUAUUUGUUUCUGAGAAGACAAAACGUGGACCACUAUCUCAAAACUGGAUUGAAGAAUACAGUCUAUAUAAGCAAAAUAUAGACUUGACAAAUGCAAAUGAUUCUGAAAAAGAUAUAAUGUGUGCCUACAAACUGUGUCGAGUGGAAUUUAAAUACUGGGGAAUGCAGAGCAAGAUUGAAAGAUUUAUUCAUGAUACUGCAUUAAGAAGAACUAUGGUCCGAGCACAUCGCCAAGCUUGGGCGUGGCAGGAUGAAUGGGUUGGGUUGACAUUAGAGGACAUCAGGCGUUUAGAAAAAGAAACUCAGGAAGAGUUGGCUAAGACAAUGUCUGCCAACAAGUGUUUAGAGCAGGACGACAACCCAUGCCAAUCAAGUGGUGCCUUAACAAGAGAAGAAUCAAAUUCUGAGACUACCUCUGAUUUUGAAAAUGAAAUUGAUGCAGAAAUGGAGAGCAUUAAGAAAGUUUCCAAUUCUUCUUUUCAUUUAAGCUCUCAAGACAAGACAUUAAGAGCUUCUUGCUUAGACUUACAAAUGGGAAAUCUGAUUAUGGAAACUAUUGUGCAGAGUUCAGAUCUUAGUUCAGAUGAUGAAUAUUUUGAUGCUGAAGGUGAUGAUGAUGAUGAUGAUGAUGGUGCACAAAUAUUAGCCAGAAGUUGCUCAGAAGCAAUACUAGAAUGUACAGAAAAAGAUAAUGAAGGAUUACUAAAUGAAAGCCAAGAUGAUAGCAUAUUUUCUUCAGUACAUAUUAAGAAGGUUCAGAAAGAAUUAUUUUUUCAAGAAAGAAAUUCUAGAGUCAACCUUGAUUCUGUCUCCCUAACUAGUUCGCCUUCCCAUCGUUUAAAUUCUUCGACAAACACCUUAAUCUUAGUCCUUCAUGCUGGAAGCAUACUGGAUUCUGGUGCCGAAUCAAUAACAAACAAAAAAUCAGACAUUACCACAUUUAUCAGUGCCUUUAAAAAUAUCACUCAUCAUAAUUAUCCUGGUAUAAUGGGACAUAUAUCCAUCCGUCUGGUCUCUUGUCCAUCCAUUUGUUCAGAAGCAUUAGCUGUGUUAUCAAAUCUCAGCCCAUAUAGUUUUCAAGCAUCUCCUUCUGCAAUUGAUGGUAUAUCUAACACUUAUGACUCUAUUCCUAUUGGUGCUCUUUCUCUGUUUGCCAUCUCUUCACCUGAAUACCAGGAGCAUGUAUCAACUGUAAUAUCUUCAUGUAAUCAAAUUUACCGUGAAUUCUUAAGCUCAGAAGAAGGGAAAGAUUUUGGAGGGCAGGUCAUAAUUGUUGGUGACAGUGUGGGAGCAAUUAUGGCUUAUGAUGCUUUGUGUCGCACAUCACAAAUUGGAAGUCAUUUUGGUAGUGAAACUAGUAUUGCUGAUGCGGAUCAGACCCAAGCAACUGUGUCACAUCACUAUUCUUCACACUCUGCUCUGUUUCCUAUUUCUAAUGUUAAGAAAGAUGAUGAUGAAAUAUGUGGAAGAUCAUACAUUCAUCCUAUGGAAUCGGGAAAUGGAACUCAUGAUCCAUCAAGGCAUUCCCUUCGUCUUUCUUCCAAACUUCCUCGUCAGUGUAGUUCUGGAUCGAAUGACAACCAGAAAUUCGAGUUUGAUGUGAGUGACUUUUUCAUGUUUGGCUCACCUCUUGGAACCAUUUUAGCCUACAGGAAAAUGAUGUCAUUUGAUGAUAAAAAUUCUCCUCCAGCCAAACCGCUUUGCAAUCAAGUGUAUAAUCUAUUUCAUCCAACGGAUCCUUUAGUUUCUAGAAUAGAACCACUGUUGAAUGCACAAUUUGCCCAGUUGCCACCAGUCAAUGUGUCAAGAUACCAGAAACAUCCUUCAGGAAAUGGAAAUUCCAUUCAUCUGUUGGAUUACAUACAGAUGUAUUCACAUUUAUUUAUGGAUUCUACAACAUGUACAUCACCUGCCGUAAAUAGGGGAAGACGUCCUAGCGAAGCCAGUAUUGCCAGUAAUGUAUCAGGAGUUAAUGAUACAAUACCUUUAGCAUCAAUAUCUUCAAUAAGCCAAAGAUGGUGGGGAACAAAGCGACUGGAUUAUGCUCUGUAUUGUCCUGAUGGACUGACAAAUUUUCCACUGAAUGCUUUACCCUACUUGUUUCACGCCAGCUAUUGGGAAUCUACAGAUGUCAUUGCAUUUAUUCUGAGACAAAUUAUUAGAGUUAACAACUUGGGACAUCCUGCAGAGAGCGAAAAGGAAAUUCCUCGCUCUCAGUCGUCUACUGUUCGAGAGAAGUGGUUAAAGAAGAGGACCUCCGUAAAAUUAAAAAACAUAACAGCAAAUCAUAGAGCUAAUGACGUACUAGUCAAAGAAGGAAAUCCACAAGUUCUCAAUGCCAGAUUUAUGUAUGGACCAUUGGACAUGGUUGCCCUGACUGGAGAAAAGAUUGAUAUUCACGUGAUGAAAGAUGUAAGAACGGGAGAAUGGUCUCUCUUCAGCACAGAAGUCACUGACAAGAACGGUCGCAUCAGUUACACUAUACCUGAAGAUAAAAUGUUGACUUAUGGAAUAUUUCCGGUCAAGAUGACAGUCAGGGGAGAUCGCACAUCUUUGGAAUUCCUGUUGGCUGUGGUUCCCCAGAAGACAGAGUGUGUGGUCUUCAGCAUAGAUGGCUCAUUCACAGCCAGUGUGUCCGUCACUGGAAAGGAUCCUAAAGUGAGGGCAGGAGCAGUGGACGUUGUCAGGUAAUUUGAUAUUCUGCUAGUACCUUUAUUUUGAUUUUAGAACUAUUGAUUUAAAUUUGAAAAUCUUAGCCAUGACAUAAUAAAAGUAUAGGUACAUACACUUUGGACUAUAUUUUCUAUUUUUAAAGAAUAUUUCUUCUACUAAUUCUUUUAAACUUAAUUUGUAUCAAAUAAUAACCAAUCAUGGAGAUGUAUGAUUUUCUUAUUACUUACUGUAGAAAUAAAUAUAAAAGUACAACGUUUUUAACAAAGGUAAAUACUUUGCUUCCAUUACUCUUCCAUCGUUCACUCCAGCAACAGUCCAUAAAAUUCACAAGUACGGAGGCAACCUUUCUUUAGAGGCUACUGCCUCCACAAUAAAAUGUAAAUAUGGUAAAAAGGCAUCCUCUGGUACUCUUGCCAUUAUCACAAUAAUACAUUUAAGUAAAAAAAUAGUAAAAAAACAUGGCCGACAGUAUUAUAUUUAUUUCUAUAAUUAAAUGUAAUACCAUUGGCCAUGUUUUUUUACUACUUUUUACGUAAAUAAAAUUUAUACUGUUUCUCCUCAUUUAUACAAGUCUUUGAAUUCUUGUAUUGCUGUGGUAAAUAAUUUUCCUAUUUUCUUGUGUUAUUUUAAAGUUAAUGGAGUUUUGGAAGGAGAAGGAAAGUUUGGUUUUGUAAUUGUUAGUGAUGUAAGUAACAGAUUAUAGUUCGUUUGAACAAUGUGCAGAACAUAUGAAAGAAAUUUAUAUAGAAAAGAACAAAAAGGAUUUGUUAAUAUUUAAGGAGAUAACUUCUGGAUCAAAAUUUUAUUAAUUUAUUAAAAUUGAUAAGAUUGGCAUGUAUUUCAAACAUCCAAGUACUUGUAUAAUUGUUGGACCAUUACAAUCUGGGAAAACUAUAUUGGUAAGAAUAAUCAUUUGUUAAAAAAUAUACAAAAAAAUGCUUAAAAAGAUAUUACAAUUAUGUAUAGUUUACCUGAUUCUAUGCAAAGAUGAUUGAUAAUGUGAUGCAUGAAUGUCUCCAAAAAUGACAUUUUUGUUUACAACUGAAUUUCAUCAUUGUAAUGUAAGCAUAAUCGUAAUAAUGUCAAAUUUACUUCUGAAAAACAGAAUUAUGAUGUGAAAGUAGUGAAUUGUUUGGGUUGCUAUCCUUUUGCUGGAAAACUUGAUUUUUUCAUAGAUGCAUAUAAAAAAGCAACUGAAAAGGAAUUUGGUUAUUUGUUAUUGGAUUUUUAUCCUAAAGUGGAUAAGAAAUUUUCUGUGAAGGAAUCCUGUUUCUUGAUAAACAAGGUACUUUUUUGGACGUACUUAGCAAUAAAAUGAAAAAAAUGAUCAUAUGUUGGCACUUUUAGCAAAGACUACUGCUUUGCAGAGAAGGGCAAUGUUGAAAGAAGCAUCUCCAGAUCAAAUUAAAGUUUUAUAUGAAAUAUGUGAUAAUUUGUUGAGAGGAAAUAUAUUAUCUGAUGGUCAUAAAUUAAGAAACUAUAAAAGUGUUUUUAGGAAAUUUAUUGUAAAACAUUUCUUUAAAUAACAAGGAAGAAAAAGUAAAUAACCAAUCUGGUGGUGCACUUUUUCUUCUGUUGGGUCUGUUGUUGUCUAUGGCUGAUGGUUUAAUAGGAAAAGCAAUUUAAUGGCAAAGCAAAUGGCCCAAGUUUCUCCAGAAUUGUUGACAACUUAUCAAAAGCCUGAAAAGGGAAUUGGCAAUAAUAUUGAAGAAUUACUUGAGAGUAUAAAUUGAUAAUUUAUUGGAUGAUAGCAAAGUCAAAUUAUUAAAUCAUCUGAUUAUGAGAUACCAAAGAAUGAUUCAUGUAUCUAAAGAAUCUGUUAGAAUAUCCAUUGUACCACACGAAACUGAAGAAGCAAGUUCUCAACAAACAAAAAAAAGAAAAACUGAUAAUGAUGCAUUUAAACAAAUAACUAUAUCUGUGCCUGUUUAGUCCAAAAUGUAUCAUACCUAUAUUACACAUAAUUGAAAUUUUGGUUAAUUAAACAACUCAGCUUCUAUGCACAUCUCCCCAACAUACACAAAUUUACCGAUGGUAUUUAUCUUCAAAAAGAGAAAUUGAUAUUUUGAAAUAAUCACAACAGAAGAUCAUCCUCCACAUCUUUGAUGAUGUUCUGUUAUGAUUAUUAUUUCUUGUAUUUUAUGAUGAUGAUCUGUGAUUCUUCAAACAUCAUCCACAUCAAAGAUGUUUUUCUGAGCUCUGCAACUUCAAUAUUUAAUAUAGUAGAGCGUCGUCUAUCCGAAAGCUGGUUAUCCGAAAGCAUUCCAGUCGGCAAAUUUAA